AUGUCUGAAAUUAACAAUCCAAACAUAAAUAAUAACGUUAGUGAUACAGAAAACGAUCAAAAUAUGAAUAUUGAUGCUAAGGAAAAUGAAGAGAUUUCAAACGAGCAAAAAAGAUCACUUUCAGCAAAUUUUGGCCCAAUAAAUAACUCAACUGUUGAAGAAUUCAGAAAUUUCUUCACCGAACAAGGAUUGCAAUUCUCAGAAAUAUCAUUUUUAUCUCACUGUGGCCUUAUUCGUUUCGAAACUCAAGCAGAAGUUGAUGCUUUUGUUAAAAAAUAUGCAGGCACAUUAUACAAAGGCGUCCCACUUUGGGCGAGACCACCAAAUAAUACAAAGCCAACAAACUACGUAAAAACACUCCACAUCGCUGGAAUUGAUGAAGCACAUUUAAGUGAAAGAGAUCUCUACAGACUAGUUGCCCCGCACGGUUUCGUUCGCAGGAUCUCAACAAGAAAGCAAUUUACCUUUAUAGAGUUCGAUACAACGAAAGAUGCAAAAGAUGCAUUUCAUUUCUUGAAAUCAGUUGAACAAAAUUAUCACGGACUUCGCGUAUCAUAUGCAAGAUCAGAACAGAAAUUCGAUGCUUCUAAUCUUUCUAUUCCUCUUUCAGAAGUUUUACCAGAGAACCAUCAAUUUUGGCAAAAACUCCAGAAGAUGAUUUAUGAUCAUUAA